UUUGGGGGCGGAGGAAGGGCGUUGCACCGGCCGGGCUGAGGCUCCAGGGAGACUGGCUCUGGGAGCGAGCCCCACGUGGGCAGUGAAGCGCGCGCCGCUUCCAGGCAGCCCCCCGCCCGGGGAAGGCACCUGGACCCGGUGCCCCGCGCCUGCUAGGCGUGCGGCAGGAGGGAGUGGGGAUACAGACUAACACGGCUACCCCCUGAUACCUGUCCAGAAUAGCAUCAGCUUUCUCGGAAACACGAAGAUUUGUUGCAGUGUCUCAAAGUGAAGUUGAAUUAUACAAGUCCCUCUGCUGGAUAUAUGUCUGGAUCAGGCAGGCAAGGAGUAUUGCAUGGGGCUCAAUGAGGUAGUGUAGCCUUUUUGUGAUGGAGAAGGAGGCAAGCCAGUUGGAGAAGGACCAUGUCCAUAGUGUGUAUGAGAAAAUUGCUCCUCACUUCCAUGAUGCACGCUACAAGGCUUGGCCAAAGGUACAACAGUUCCUUGCAGAUCAGGAAACAGGCAGCCUGAUUGCUGAUAUUGGCUGUGGAAAUGGCAAAUACCUUCAUAUCAAUUCUCAAACCUAUAAGGUGGGCUGUGAUUACUGCUUCCCUUUGGUGGAGUCAGCACGAAAUGAUGGCCAUGAAGUAAUGGUGUGUCAUAGUCUGUGCCUGCCAUAUCGGAAUGAGUGUUUUGAUGCGGUCUUAUCCAUUGCUGUGAUCCACCAUUUUUCAACAAAGGAGCGGCGCGUGCGAGCGAUAAAGGAGAUGGCUCGCACCUUGAGAGUAGGUGGCCAGAUGAUGAUAUACGUGUGGGCAAUGGAGCAAAAACGGCGAAAAUUUGAAAAGCAGGAUGUCUUUGUUCCUUGGAAUCCUUCACCACCUUCCUGGACCUUGAGUAACACUUGUUCUCGUGGAAUACAGAAAUCAAUUAAUCAAAAGGACAAAAGGCUGGCUUUGGACCAACACUCCCCUAAGUUAGCUGGCACUUUAAAAGCACACAGGCAAGCAAGAAGCUCAUCCUUUGUGGGGGAGAAGGAAACCACACACAACUUAUUUGAAAAAUCCCUGAGAUGGUCUCUCUUUUCAAGAUCACUUGAUUCAAUAUUAGACUUGAGUAAUCAGUGGCACCAAAGAGAGCUUAGCACAUUUUCCAAUGGCAAUAUUCAGCUGGAUGAAUUAAACAGGGGAAAGCUUUUUGAACAAAUCAGGCAAGGUGGCUUCAUGAAGCAUAUUUCCAACUUGUCUUUGCGUUGCAGGCAGAAUUCUGAAGAUAAUGCUUCUGAAGUAGCUGUAGAACCAGGGUCACCUAUGAUAUGUCACCCAGUGCCUUUCAAAAGUUGUUAUUCAGAAUUAGGCCAGGACACUAAGCAGCCCCCAGUGUCUCCAGCUAUAAUUCAUGACUGCAGCAGAGUGUGUUUACCUGACCUGGUUUCCCAUCAAAAAGAUGUCAAACAGCAACUUAAAAUAGAUUAUCACCCAAAACAAUCAGCUUUCCACCAACUCCAAAACAGAAGGAAAACAGUCAGCUCUCUACAGGAUACCAAUAAUUAUUGUUCCAUGGCCACAUGGAACAAACAGCCGCAAAGGAGUCCUAAUGGGGCUUGUCUUAGGUACUACCAUGUUUUUAAAGAAGGGGAGUUGGUUGAACUGAUAGAACAUCAUGUUCCUGAGCUACAUGUUAUUCAUUCAUACUUUGACCAUGCAAAUUGGUGUGUGAUUGCAGAAAAGAUUCACGUGUGGAAGAUCUAGGGGAAGAUUUUCAAAGGCACAAGUGACUGACUGCAUUUGAAAGUUAAUGGGAGUUCGGUGCUUGAUGCCUUUGAAAUUGUCCCCCAAGCUUUUUAUCCCCAUCUUGUGCUUUGACUCUCUGUGUGACUUUGUUUCUUUUGUUCUGUACUUGACUGUCACAGUCAUAUACCCUUUUAAAAUCAUUUUAUAGAAACGUUUCCUUCUAUAAUUGUAAUUUCAGGUUGGAUGCAUUUUAAGAGCUUUUUCCAUGGCUUUUUAACAGUAGCUGUCAGUUUUGGUUUUUGUUGUUUUAGAAUAGUUAAAAUGCAUUUAUAAGUUUUCCCGUUAGGAUGUUUUUAUAUGGAUAUUAAAGAUGUUUGCUACUCAUUUAUAAUAAUUUAUUAUCUUUAAUGUCUUUUUAUAUUUAAAAUGUAUUGUGCGUUGAAUCUUGGAGUAAUACAAGGCUGAUGGUACUUUGAGACGGAUUCAUUAUUUUAUUACAGUCUGCCUGUCAUUCUAUAUGAUACCUCAAGUCACAGUAGAGAGAGUCCUCAUAAAAGAAGUACCAGGUAUUUAUAACCCAAGUACCAGAGACAGUAGCUGGGGACACCCUGACAGAUAAGUUUAAGACAGCUCAUCUGUUGCCCCCUAACUGUCACAGUCAAGAAUACAAUGGACCUACUCAAGUAUAUAUCACAAUAUAACCUCCCCCCAACACACAAUACAUCUUAAAUCUGUGUAUUUCUCUGAGUUUGACAUGUAUGUUCAAAACGAAAAUCCUCUUCUCUGUCACAAAAUCUGGGAGAAGAAUCAAAGGAAUUCUUAAUAAGCCAUUUAAAUCGCUAAAAUGAAUGAUAAUACAGAAAAAUGCUUGAUGACAGGUGAAUGCAAGGAAAUAGUAUUUAUCAACACUAGCAUGCAAUAGUUAUGCUUUUAAGACUUUUUUCAUCAAUAGACAGUCUUUUACAAAGGAGGUAAGUUUCAUUAUUCCUGUUUUACAGAUAGGGAAACUUACUCAAAGCCACAUAGCAGGUCAGUGGCAAAAAUCAUCACUUAUUGCUGUUCCUAAUGGUCACUGUUUUAGGUGGUUUGUGUUCUUGUUCAAAGGUUUUCACUAGUUUCUUUUCUUUGGGUUCUGGAAUCACCACACCAAAAAGUAAUCCUAUUUUCUGGGGAAAGACACUGUCAUGUCCAAUGCCUUUGCAAAUUCUUAAUGUGUCUUACUAAGAAUUUAGCUUGAUGUAUAUUGUAUCUUAAAGAGUAGUAAGGAACUGUACAGUCAUCUGAAUGUUUUUAAUGUAACUUUAAUUCAGUUUGGCUGUAAUAUCGCUAAUGAAAUUUUCUCUACUUCCUGAAAUAGAAUUUAUGUAAUCAGCAGAGUACUGCGCUACAUAUUAUAUUUGCAGGGAAAGAGACUGCUUAAUCUAAUUGGUCUCUUCCAUCUAUAGUGUCUGUUUCCACAAUACUGGGCUUUUCCCCAUGAUGUUAGUACUUUUCUGCAAAUGAACAAAAAAUCAUUAUUUGCUUCAAAAUAUAAAUACAGUUAUAAUUUUUUAUAUCAUUGUUCCACAGUGAAAGGAUUUUAAUAGUUUCCCCUACUCCCUAAUGUGACUUUAUAAUGUAUUAAGUGGCAGUGAUGUCAUUAUAGUUUACAGACUUUCACUAAUGUGUCAUCCAUUUUCCCAUUGUUUAACAGAUAGCUUUUCUGCAGGUUAACAAUGUAUGAGUGUGUUUGUCUGGAGCAGCCAAUCCCUCCCCUGAACUCUGGUAUUUCCAAAGCAAUCUGAUCCAUCAUUAUCCUAGCAAAUGUUCAAUCCUCCCAGACACCAACUAAAGUAUCUCAGCUUGACUUUCUUCUCCCAAUUACAAAGUUGCAUCCUGCUGCUCCUAAUAAAUGGUACCAUCCACCCCAGCAACCAGUUGUCUCCCUCCCUGCUCCAAAAUGUGAUAUGCUACCAUCUGAUUUCUAAUACUUCUGGUCCUACUCCUGUUCCUCCUCCACUAGACAUGUGCCUGAACAGGACCCGCGUGACAAAUGGUAGCCAGCUUAUCUUAAAGGAAUUUUAUCUUCUGUAGAAAUACUUAGGAUUCUAGCAACUUUUAUUCUUUGUGUGCGCUUCUCAGAUAAAUUAAUUUCUCUAUCUUGAGCAAGAGCCUAUCUUCAUGUGCAUGGUGCUACUAAGAAUGUUCAUUAGUCAGCCUUAGAGAAGAACAGUAAAUAAUGACUUUUGGUCCAGUGCUGAAAAGUGGUGAGUGCCUUCGACUCCUAUGAAGUCCAGGGGCAGUUGAAGGUACUUAAUCCAUCACAAAUGAUGCUCAGCACCUCACAGGAUAGGGCCCUAAUUAUGUGAACUUUGCAGGAGAGAAAAUAAAAACAGCAUUAACAUGGACAGAGGAAAAUGGAUAUUGCCCUAUAAUAUUGCCUAACAUCAGUGCACAUUUAGAAACACUCACUAGCCGAAAUUGCCAUUUAAAAAAGAGUAUGUUUUCUGUGGUUACCAUU